CGCUGGGAAUUCCCUCUACUUUCGUUUUAUCGCGUGGCAAAAUGUGCGAUGAUAACUGUGGAAAAUGGAGCAAAUACUUUAUUUUCCUGAUGAAAAUGUUUUUUUGGAAUACUGUUUAAGGGACGUUGUUGUUCAAUGGAUUUUGGAUUCAAUCCUCAUACGUAUGUAAUGUCAAUCAGUCUGGUUUGCGAAGCUGUGGCAGUGAUUCUUGUAUUGUCUGAAACGGAAUGUCUUCAGACUUUCCACAUUAUAAAUAAGAAAAAGCACUGGGUGAUCUUUUCCGCUCUAAGUGUUCUUAUACAUAUGUGCAAGAUCUUGUGUGAGCCAAAUGUAAGCAACCGGUAUAGAAAAGAAUUUGAUGAAGUAACUGCAUAUUCUGGUGGCCUUGAUUUUGUAUGGGUAUUUGUGUUGAUUUACGCCCAAUGUUGCAGUGAUUCCAAGAAUUUAUUACCAUUUUGAACAAGCUUGUACAUCCGCAUACUAAGUUGUAAUGCUAUUCAUACAUUACUGUUGCUUUAGCUACUGUAGGAUGUUAUAAUCUUGGAACGCAGCAGGUGCCUUAUGUUAGGGACAUUGUCUUGUCAGAACGUGAUGUUAACUUGUCAAAAUUGUGUCUCAUUAUGUUAAAAAGUUAUCUUAUUAUGUCAAAGUGUGGUGUUAGCUUGUGGAGACAGCGUCUUAUUAUAUUAAAAAGUUAUGUUAUCAUGUCAAAGUGUGAUCUUUUGUCCGCAGUGUGUGUCAUUAUGUUAAAAAGUUAUGCUGUCUUGUUAAAGUACCGUGUGAGCUUGUCCACAGAGCCUGUUAUUAUGUUGAAUACUUAUGUUUUGUUGAGGUACCGUGUGAUUUGUCCACCGAGCGUAGUAUUAUGUUAACAAUGUAAUCGGAGCGUUCCAUGAGAAAACCAGUACUAGUGACAAAAAAUUCAAAAUUGAGAUAACAAAAAUAAUAUUCAUGCAGAACAUUCCUUUACCUUUCAAUCUGUAAAUUUGAAGUGAUUAUCUCCACUAUUGCAAGAGCUACAGUGCUUUUAAGUACGUCACCGAAGGCAUUUUGAGACGUGACUUUAAGAACGUCAUGAGAGCAGUAUGACGUCGUUGUGCUUAGCCUGUAUUUUUAAAUCAUUAAUGGAACAAAUUAUGCGUGUCACUUACUAUCCAUCGUACUUCCGAAUAUUUAGUAAUAUUUAGAAUAUUUAGUGAUUUUUCUGAAAAAUAACUUAAUCGUAUACUUUUUUUUUCAUCACGGGCCUUUUAUCUAUACACCUCUAUAUUUUCAUGAUCAUUUGGUGCUUUGGGAUUUUCGUUGCCAUGACAACACAGAUAACAUUUAUAGCUGAAUUACAAUAUAUAAGUUUCUUCUUUCUGCAACAACAAAAACAUAACAAUAAUUUUCCAGUAUUUAAAACAACUAAUUAUGCAAUAAUUAUACAAUGUCACUAAUACAGGUCUUCUCAUGGAACUGCCCAUAUGUUACCCUGUAAAGGUGUUGUGUUAACUUGUCAAAACAAUGUCUUAUUUUGUUAAAAUGCUAUGUUAUUAUGUCAAAAAAAGAUGUUAACAUGACAAAUAGUGUUUUAUUAUGUUAUAUAGAUAGGUUACCGGUAUCAUGACAAAAUGUGAUGUUAACUUGUCACGAGCGUGCUUUUAUGUUAAAAAACCAUGCUAUGUUGUAAAAGUGUUUUAUUAAUUUGUCAAAAGCGUGUCUUAUAAUGUUAAAUAUGCUAUGAUACCAUGUCAAAAAGUGAUGUUAAUUUGUUCAAGUAGUAUUUCAUUAUCUUAACUAGACACUAUGAACAGACUCAAUCAAACCGAGUCUGCAAUUUUCACUAUUUGCAUUGUUCCCGGUGCCUCCGAGGGAUCUACUUCUACUUCACAACAGAGGGUGUUAAGUGCUGUGUGGCGGCCGUAAAAGGUCGCCCCGACUUCAUCUCAGUGUUGUUAUAUUUUCUGGUCCUUCGGAUCAUUGAUUUCAACUCAUUUAGAUUUAAAGAUUGAAUACUGCUUAAGCUGGUGCUAGGGAGCGUGGGCAGUGUUGCAUUUUCCAUUACUGCUCAUGAACAGACUCAAUCAAACCGAGUCUGCAAUUUUCACUGUUUGCAUUGUUCUUGGUGCUUCCGAGGGAUCUGCUUUCCAAAAUUAUAUGUUACCAUUUCAACCGUUGGUGUUAACUUUACAAAACAGUGUCUUAUUAUGUCAGACAGCUAUGUUAUCUUUUCAAAGUAUCAACUGAUCUUGUCUAGCAUUAUCACAUCAUAACGCGCUCUGCCGACAAGAUCAUCGGUGCUUUGACAUGAUAACAUAGUUACUGUUUUGGCAGGUUAACUCCAAACUUUGAGAAGAUAACGUAACUAGUUAACAAGUACUAAUAAGACACUGUUUUGACAAGUUUCCACCCCAAUCUGACAUGAUCACAUGAAAUGUCCCGACGUUAGACAGCUCUGGCGUUCCAAACAUUGAUAUCUUUUGUAACAUUUUGUGACAUUUAUUUGUUUUAUGUAUAUAUUUGCAUUCUGUUGCUACUCAUGUACCGAGUCACAUAGAAUUUGUGAAGAAUGGUGGCUAUAUUACUUGUACUUUUAAAAGUAAAGGCAAAAAAACAUAAAUCUAGAUUGUAAUGCUAUUGCUGUUCGAUGCAGUUUUAGCAAUUAUCAGAAGGUGAAUAAGGGUUUUGUAUCAUUUUUAAAAAUAUCUUAUUGAAGAGUAUACAGUAUUGUUAUCCUUAAAUUGUCAGUUAAAUUCUUUUCCUGGACAUAUACAAACGAAGUUUAGGAAAUUUGUGUAAAGUUUGUAUAUAAGUUAUAAUACAUUUUGUUGCUUUUUUAUUAUAUUUACAUGCUAUUACAUUUUGACACAUGCUUAGAAGUUGAUUUUUUUUGGUACAGGCUAAAUGAUGAUUGCUUUUAUAUUUUACAAGAUAUAAACAUUUAAUGAAAUCGAA